UGCGGUCAGCGGCCCAGCGGCCGAAAAGAUGGUGUCCUGGAUGAUCUCCCGAGCCGUGGUGCUGGUGUUCGGGAUGCUGUAUCCUGCGUACUAUUCCUACAAAGCCGUGAAGACGAAAAAUGUCAAGGAAUACGUCCGCUGGAUGAUGUACUGGAUUGUCUUUGCCCUCUACACUGUCAUUGAAACGGUGGCCGAUCAGACACUUGCCUGGUUUCCCCUGUACUAUGAGCUAAAGAUUGCCUUUGUCAUUUGGCUGCUGUCACCCUAUACUCGAGGGGCCAGUUUAAUCUAUAGAAAGUUCCUUCAUCCCCUGCUGUCAUCAAAGGAAAGGGAAAUUGAUGAUUAUAUUGUCCAAGCCAAAGAAAGAGGCUACGAGACGAUGGUGAAUUUUGGACGGCAGGGUUUGAAUCUAGCAGCCGCGGCCGCCGUCACCGCAGCAGUGAAGAGCCAAGGUGCAAUAACGGAGCGAUUGCGAAGUUUCAGCAUGCAUGAUCUGACAGCUAUCCAAGGGGAUGAGCCCGUGGGACACAGACCCUACCAGACUUUGCCAGAAGCAAAGAGGAAAGGCAAACAAGCCACCGAGUCACCAGCCUAUGGGAUUCCACGGAAAGAUGGAAGUGAGCAAACGGACGAAGAAGCAGAGGGGCCGUUCUCAGAUGACGAGAUGGUGACUCACAAGGGGCUGAGGCGAUCCCAGAGCAUGAAGUCUGUCAAGACCAUCAAAGGUCGCAAAGAGGUACGAUACGGGUCGCUGAAAUAUAGAGUCAAGAAGAGACCUCAGGUGUAUUUUUAGUGUCUACACCUCGCCCAUCCCAAGACAAAUGAACGUUAAGAAAUCAAUUUCAUUUCCUAACACGAUGCAUUCAGGACUUACACUUUAAAUCUUCAGAUUGUGGCAAUGUUGGGAUUUACAUAAUGACUUUAAAUGCUUUGUGUUCCUUUAACAAUUACUUUUAGAUGUUUAACUGCUAAAUGUAGUUAUAUAAGGUUUGUUAAUGUACGCGUAGAUAACAAAAGUGACAGAGAAUCAUGAUCCUGAUGUCAACAGCAACACUGAGUGCCUAGGAUCGAAGUAUAAGCAUGGACACCCAGGGUAUACUUAAAACAUCUCUGCUGCAGGAUACACGUGCCGAUCUGGUGGUGUUGCGUUCUGUUUACGUCCAUCUGUGCCACAUCUAUCACAGGAGAGUGGUGACAGCCACUGAGGAGCCAGCGUCCUUACCUUAGGAUGGUGCUGUGUCCUUUCCUUAAGUCCUAGAAGCAGUCACCAUGAGCUGACAGUUUUUCAAACAGAUUAUUUGAAAACCCAGGUGUCCACGUAGCACUUUUCCUGGCUAGUUUUGCACACUUGAAAAUUGUUUACUUAUUUUAAGGCUGUACAUUUACUUUACAUUGUACCGAUGCUGUCUAUCUUGUGGUCUGUCAUAUUCUGACAUGUCAAAAUUAUGCCUUGGAACCGCGUCAUCUCCUUUUCCUAUGGGUCUGUUUCAUUUGUUAAAUUCAUUCAGCCUAUGUGGAAACAUGUAACUGUUAAAUUUUUACUCCUUUUUGUUUGUUUGUUUUGUUUUUUGAGACAGGGUGUCUUAUAGCCCAAGAGUGGCCUUGAACUCCCGAUCCUCUGCCUGCUUCUGCCUCGAAAUUGCUGGGAUAACAGGUGUUAUCACACCUGGCUAAUUUUAACUGGCUUUCAAUUAUAUCUUUGACAUCUGAGAAGUUAUCUUAAACAUUAACCAGUUUCCAUAGUUGAAUUCGAUGUGAUUUUUUUUUUUAAUCAACAGCAAAUUACAUUAUUCUAGGGUUCAAAAAAAUAGCUUUUGGGGACUGGAGAGGUGGUUCAGAGGUUUAGAACACUGGCUGCUCUUCCAGAGGACCAUGGUUCAAUUCCCAGCAUCCACAUGGCAGCUCACAACUGAUUUGACACCGUCACACAGAUAAUGCAUACAGGGCAAAACACCAAUGCAUAUUAGAUGGAUGGAUAGGAGAUAGAUAGACAGACAGACAGACAGAUAGAUAGAUAGCUUUUGUGGAAGAGUCACAGACCAAUGUAGCACUUAGUAUUUUUUAACUCAUGGCACUCCCAGUGCCCCAUCCCAUUCCUAGGCUCGGCAGAGGUUCGUCCUGCCUUACAGACCCAACAGUGACUAGCAUCUUUUAGGUCUUUUUCUGCCUGAGAUUAUUCUCUGAAGAUGAGUGUCAGGGUGAAACACAAACAUCAUUGAUGCUUCGUAACACAGUCUUCCAGAGAAAGGCCAUCUUUUUGAUGUAGAGGGAUUGAGCUCGGCUCUUUUAAAGUUGCCCUACAACUGGGCAUUGUGGACACUAAAUCAUAUUAGGGGUGAUAAGUUACCAAAAUUUCAGUAUCAAACAAUAUUUACGUGGGGGUGCCUGAGUGGCAUCCACACACAGCCUCCUCUUGAUGCUACGAAUAUUUUCUAAACUGAAUCACAUUGUUAAUAUUUUUAACACCCACCGGACGAUGGUGGCGCACGCCUUUAAUCCCAGCACUUGGGAGGCAGAAGAAGGUGAAUUUCUGAGUUCGAGGCCAGCCUGGUCUACAGAGCGAGUUCCAGGACAGCCAGAGCUACACAGAGAAACCCUGUCUCGAAAAACCAAUAUGUGUAUAUAUUUUAACACCCAAUAAAAAUUCAAUCUUUACCCUGUCUCGAAAAACCAGAAAAAAAAAAUUCAAUUUUUUUCCUCCCAAAUUUAAUCUUGUAUCUCCACCUACUUUGCUCUGAUUAAUAGCCUCUUUAGAGGAUUUCUAGAAGGAUUCUUUUAAUUUCUAUUCCAACAUCUAUAAAGUCCCAUAAUAAAUUAUUGGACAGAGUGUUAUUCAUUUCGCCUGGACCAGACAUGCUCUGAACCAGUGCUGUGUGGGCAUGGGUGGUUUUCCCUGGAGAGGCUAUGUUACCUGAUAAGGCAAUUUGAUAAGUAGAGUAAGUUACUUUGUCUCCAUGGGGACAGAUUGGCAAGACUGUAUCUUUUUCAAGUCCAGUCUCUGUAUUAAACUUAGCCUUUGGAGCUAUGGAUAGAUACCAUACAUGGGGUACACAAGGCCUUUGAGUUCAAUCCCAGAACCAAAAAAAAAAAAAAAAAAG